AUGCUCGGGAAACUCUUUAACCUCGGUGCUGUGUCGGGCGCCGGAGAUACCGCUUCCGCCCAAACAGCUUCCUACAAAUCUAUCACCUCCCUAGAUUCCGUUCAAGAAGACAUACACACUCGAAAUCUUCUCUUUCCCGAUCCGCAGGACUUGUUCGAACAGCGUCUUAACGACGUUUUCCCCCUAUCAAGCGUCUCUUCUGUCACUGCGAGCCCCUCGACCAAUGCCUACGACUACAAUGGCAGCAUUGAGCUCGAUGUGCGCGACGUUCGCGUCAUCGUUAUGCAGGAUGCUCUAGGCUCCCUCACCUCUUCCCUUCUCUACGACAGCCACCGCCGCAACCCGACCUCCCCGCGGAAGCCCAGCAUCAGCCAUACACAACGUCCUAUGGUCAUCCAGUCCAACAGCCCCAAAACACGACAAGGUGCUUUUGAGAAUCGAAGUUCCCUUGGCCGAACUCCGGGCCAUGGUCACUUCGAAUCCGACUCCCAACGCCACAUGCGCGAGUAUCGCGAGGAACUUGCCACCUUCUCCAGCUGCAUCUUCGGCAAUUCUGAACUCAUGGCAUACAAAGGAACAUCGACAAAGGUUCACGUGGUACCGACAGAAGCCAAACAGACCGACUCCGGUUCAGCGUUUGCUGACAGGCAGAGCUCCAUGGGGAGGGCAAGUAUGAGGUCGAGUCGGCUCUCACAAUCAUUUUCGUCGGAGACCAUGCCGUCUUAUGCCGGAGCUCAGAGCGCUACUUCAGCAAAUCGUGUGCCAGAUCGUAAGCGAGUCCUCGUCACGAGACUGUUUCCCGUGAGUCUACCUGUUGAGGAAGAUAUGAUCAGUCCUCGUUCCUCCUUUACCGAACAAAGCACGGGUUACCCGUUCCCACAGGCCGCCGAGGAUGUCAGAAAUAAAAAGAAAAAGGCGCAGCCCAAACAGAAGAGAACUCCCAUGUAUGCGGUUGCAUUGGUAAUCAACCUUCCUCAGUCUUCCCCUCAUUACACGCCCACCACAACGUCGAGGCAAGGUUUUCGGGAAUCCAGUUCUUACCAAGAACAGGAUUCGUUUCCUUCUUCCCUUAAUUCAAUACGACCCUCGGGUUGGACUAUGGUUGGCCAGGGAGGGUAUGGAUUUGAGUCUUUUGAGACGACUUUCGGCAGUGACACUGAAGACCAAAUCGAUGUUAUCACACAACAUUGGGACAUAAUUAUGAGGACGCUGAAUCAGCUGCAAUCUGUCGUUGCCAAGGUCAUAUUAUCGAUGCUUCUACAGGCGGAUUUUGCUUCCCCUGAUCCUCUUCCGGCUUACAUCCCCUCUCAGAUCGCACAAAGCCAAUCAAAAGCUGGACGGCGCAGCGGCGAUCCACCUCCACCCAAACCACCCAAGACAAAUGCAAAACACGUUACACUACCUCCAAACUGUCUUCUCGAGAAUCGACACAUCAGCCGGGAAACGGACUACGCCAAGGCCAGGAUAAUCGAUGGUAUUCGAGCGGCGCGAGUUGUCACUGGACAGAACCGAUGGCCCAUUUGGCGGGAGGAAGCUCGUUGGGUGGCCAGAUGGGCUGGCGGCAAAGAGCAGGGCUUCUUUUUUAACUUACUUACAGGCUUUCUUGCGACACACACCGACUGGCUGCAGGCACUAAGUCCCCCAUCCUAUCGGCGUCGCUAUUGUAUACAGCAGAAAGGGCGCAUGGACGUAGAUGCGUCGGUUCCCAAUCGGACUAUUAUUGUGGCCCAAGAUAAAAGCGUUGCGCGAAGAUUACUCUUCUUAUUGGCUGCAUUUUUGCCGGCAUCCCAACAGGUCCCCGGUGUCCGUCCACAUCGGCCAAGUACCGCUGCUUCAUUCGGGACAUUUUCGCAGUCUCCCCCGUCGCUUGUUGUGCCUAUCCUUAAGGAGGAGUCGCUACGGAGGAGGAUCAACCGCCGUACGGGUCCCGGGCGAGCAUGUCACUCGCGGAAUUUUAGCUUGCAAUCGCAAGGCGCACGUGCUGCCGCAGUUCCGACUAACUUGGCGCACUUGAGUAUGGAAUCGAGGCACGAGAGGCGAGCUUCCGACGCUAGUUCGAUACGGACGACCCAUCUUCCCAUCCGAGGCAACGACCUGACCAUGCAGAAAAGUAGUGCUGCUACAACUGGAGCUAUCACCCCUGAAAUGAGCAUCGCUCAUUUUGCCAUGGUCCAUCGCGCCGACUCUUUUGCUAGUACUCGACCGGGCAGCAGUAACAGCCUUGCUGCCGACGACCUCAAGCGUAUCUCACGGUCUGGCAGUGGAGGUUCGCAGAGCUUUAUGACCAGUGAGCAACGACAGACUUCGAGGUGGGGGAGUGUGAUCAGCGGCUUAUGGAGCACGCGAAGAAGAGAUUCCAUCGUCUCAGCAAAGCCUCGCAGUGGCAGCAUUGGGCAAAGUGAAGCUACAACCUCUCCGAUGAGGAAGGACACGGAUAGAGCCCCCAUGUCACCCCAAACACCUGGAAGGAGCUCUAUGCGGCAGCCUGGGGACGUCCCAACACGUGCCGCUCUGGAUCAAAGGGGAAAUCCAAAAUCACCCGUUGCGGUGCCUGGAGAGAACCGAAGCUUCUCAGGCCAAACCACUCCCGGACAGAAGCCACAACGGAUUCCCGAUCCUUCAGGUGCCUUUGAGUCUCCGGUCAAGACGUCCAUUAACGAUGACGGAGUCAUUGACGUCGAUAUCCCUUUCCCUGACUAUCUUGCCUCUUUCGAAACUGCAGUGAGUUCACCAUCGAGCAGUGGAUACCUAUCCAACGCUGGGUUUGGUACAGCAUUCGAUACAUUUGAGCAGUCGUCGCGCGUUUCUGUCGAUGCGGAUGGGCCAUUGAAUGCUGCUGGUUGGCUGCAAAGUUACCAUCCAGAUUUCGUACUCCAGGCGAUGCCGGCGCAAGAAGGCCUCAAGGAGCAGAUUAAGGCCUCGAUGGAAGCCGAACCACCUACUACGUGGGUCCCCAAUUCGUCUGAAAGUGCCACGGAGAAGUGGGUGGAUGUCAGCACAGCCAUCAUCGCCGAUAGUACUACGUUCACGAUUACGCGAAUACGAUAUCGUCGUCUCGUCAGGGCCAGUUUUGGUAGUGGCCCGAACACGCCUGCCACUAUGACGCCGGUAGCUGCCUCCCCAGCACCCACACUUCCGUCGCCUUCCCCUUUCGAUCCAUACAUCAAGGAUGAAUUUAUCGAAGAAACAUUACUCAGCUCAGAUGAUGCCUUGGUAGAAGCUGUGGAGAAGGUCAUUGCCACCGCCGGCGAUAUCAGCAAAGGAAGCUCCAACUGCUCUUCGCGCUCAACCAGCAAGCUGCGAGAGAGGAGUGACAGCACGUCGUCCCAGCAGCACCCAGAGGACACCUACCAUCGCCCUAGGGAGCUUGUUGUUCCCCAGGAGGUUCCUAGAUCACAAUGCAAGACAGUGAUCUUGUCAGCUCUAGAAGAAAUCAUUCGUGAAGUCAUAGAAGACUUGGACCCAAGCUUAGGACAAAGGACGGCUGGCGGCAAGGAAGCUAGCUCGGGAAUAGGUCGAAGGCGAGAGAAGGAGAACAUGGAGGCCCAAAGAAUCCCAGGAAGCAUACUGCGAGAGGCAGUCAGGAAAUGGCGUGAGAGUGUUGAUAUGGGGAGCGAGUGACUUGUGAAAUUCUGUUGAUACCCUUUUGUUUUUCAUUUCUUUGUCAUCUGUUGUUGCUGGUUUCCCCGUCAUGCUGGCACCCGCAUAUUUAACACGACUUCAUUAAGCCACAACAGCAUCUAUUGUUAGCAAUUUUAUCACACCGCAACAGGGUCCGUUUGACACCCCCACCAAAUAGCG